AUGGACAUUAAAACAUUUUUGAAGAUUUUAUUGAUUCCAUUCGUAUUUGGGAUGAAUAUUUCAUAUCCUGAACUUUCGAGAGAAAUUAAAAAUCUGGUGGAAGCAUUUAAAAUCAUUAGAAACGAUUUAAGACAAACUUUUAAUACUAAGGGAUGUGCUUUGUUAACAAUUGCAGAUCCAGAGUAUGAAGAAAAUCACGAAGGAAUCAAAUCGAAAUUAAUUAAGUCCGUUAUUAACUAUGAAACUUUAAGAUUAAGAGAUAUAAAGUUGCUUGCUCCAAAAACAAUUAAAUUUUCCAUAAUACUUGUGGAUAAUAUGAAAGUAUUCAGAGAAUCUAAAAAGUUUAUCAAUUCAGAAGUACUUCAGUACUCAGGUUAUCAUAUUGUUAUAAUGCUGGAUGUAAAUAUGACCGACGUUCAAGAAAUAUUCACCAAAUUUUGGUCCAAAAAUAUCUACAAUGUUGUGGUUUUGAUGAAUAUUUAUGAAGAAACUUUACUGCUGACUUUUGAACCUUUCAACAACUCAGAAAACUGCCGAAAAGUCUCCGUCAAAGUUGUCAAUAGUUUUCAAAAUGGAAAAUUUAUCAACAAAUUUGGUUCAUGGAAAAAAUUUCAAAAUUUGAACCAUUGUCCAAUAACUGUUACAACGUGUACAGACAGCAUUGCGGUUUUUAAAAAAACCUUACCUGAUGGAUCUUAUGUUAUAAAUGGAUAUGAAUAUGAAAUGAUUCAGUUUAUCGCUAUACUGCUUAAUUUCUCGUUAAAAAUCACUGACAAAGCUACCUCGAAAAAACUUCGCAAGAAUGUCGUUGAUGACAUUUUUGAUAUUUCCUUAGUCAUUCGAAGUGCAUACCAAGGUUCUUUGUAUAAAUUUCUACAAUCCGAUGGACGACACAAGGAACCACAAACAAUUGAUGAGCUUAUCGAUAAAAAGUACACGUUUGUUUUAGCAAAGUCUAAUACAGACAUCGUAAAGGAUUCCCAUCCAAAAAUGUAUAGUGCAUCUUAUAUAUUGAAAGAAAAUGACGAACCAGAUUUAUUAUUGAAUAGACUUCAACGAACAGCAUCUUUUGCUUCAAAGAAAGUUCCAAUGAAUUACAGCAUGACUCAAAAUAGUUUUCCUUACAAACUCUGCAAAGAGCAGUUCCUGACUUUAAAUAUUGUCAUGUUCUACAACAAGAAUUUUUUCUUAAAAUCAGCAAUUGACGAAGUUAUUCAACAAAUAUCAAUGCAUGGAUUUAUGGAUCAUUGGAUUAAAGAUUAUGACAAGACAGAUAAAUGGAAAUUCAUUGAUAGGGAGCCAUCGGUUAUGACUUUUGAUCAUCUUACAGGAUCGUUUUGCUUAUUAUUGAUAGGUUAUGUUUUGUCAGCUUUAGCAUUUGUAUUGGAAAUAUUAAACUUGAAGUGGAAACGUUUUGUGACAUAG